AAAGGAUCACUUUGCUUAAAGUUUAGUGAGGUAUCAUUACUCUUAGAUGCAUUAUCGAUAUUGUGCUGUUUAAACAUGACAAACUUGGGGAUAACGAAAUGUUUUAACCUGUUGAUGCUACUGAUAAUGAUACGGGAAAGCCUGAGUUUUUAUCAGUUUCCACGAGGGGUCAAAGUAAGACGAACUCGAUUAAAAGCAACAAAAAUUACCAAUUGCAAAUUUGGAAGUCGUAAUUUCACGGUUGGUCAAGUAUGGAAUCCUACCUUGGAGCCAAAUGGGAUCAACUAUUGCAUUUUUUGCCGUUGUAAGAAGGAUGGUUUGGUAAAUUGUGAACAAAAAAGUUGCAAGGUGUUGUCUUGUCAUGGAAAAUAUAUACCUAGCAAAAAAUGCUGUGAAGUCUGUCCAAGACCUACCAAUGUUUCUGUUCUUCACAAUCAAUGCUGGCAUAAAGGAAAGUUUUAUCGUCAAGGAGAAGCUUGGCAAGUUGACAUGAAAGAUAAUAAUGAAAAACGUAACUGUGCUGAAUGUACUUGUCACAAUGGUCGUAUAGCAUGUGCUGUUCGUUUAUGUCCAAAACUAAAUUGUCCAAAAAUAAUGCAAGUGAAAGGAAAAGAUUCUUGUUGUGGUGCGUGUAGAGAUUUACCGAUCGUUCCUGAUGGUGGACUAGCUCAUUCUCAACCAGCAGUUACUGUUAAAGGUUCAUGCUUCUAUAAAGGACGUUAUUACAAAGAUGGCGAUGUUUGGAAUCCUUCAUCGUAUUUGUCAGACAUGGAAGUUUUACGGCAUCCGAAUUGUAAUGUUUGUAUUUGCAAGAGAUCAUUGGUGAAUUGUGCACCAGUAAAAUGUCCAAAGACUACAUGUAGUACACGUCUUCUAAAAAAUCCACAAGAUUGCUGUAAAUCGUGUCCAGAUAAAAUAAAGAAACCGCCGGCUCGAAAUAACACAUCAAGAAAGCUCAAAGGUGCGGAAUAUCCUCAUUGUAAAUUUCUUUCCAAAAUUUACAAGCAUAACAGCUCAUGGACACCACAAAUACCAGGACAUGAUAGUAACACAUGCGUGCAAUGCACGUGCAAGUUUUCUGCCAUUAAGUGUGAUCGAAAAGGUUGCGUUAAUAAGACGUUUCGUUGCAGAGGAAACUUUUGUCAAACUCCUGUUGCACUCAAACCAACAUCGAAACCUGUCACUAACAGACGAGGGUGUAAUCAUGCUGCUCAGACAGUGGAAGUUUACUUGUUUGUGAAUGAAAAACGCCUAAAAAAAGCAAACAUGAACUUUAUCGCUAGGAUUGCGAUUAUCAAUAAGAAAGAAUCAUUUGUGAGUGUUCAUUUUUGGGAUGUCACCAACAGUAAUGUGACAGUCAAGCUCUCUAAACCCAAAAAAGUUCGGUUUCGUAGUAGGAAGGCAAGAUAUGUGAAACUUGGCGAAACAAGACUAGGACGAAUUAAUCGGUUUCUAAAUAGAGAAAAAAACCUUGAGAAGUGCAGCCGCCAUUGUAAAAGCAGAGCGAAAACCUUGAUUAAUAUUUUGAAAAGACGUGUAAGGUAUAUCAAAACACCUUCCUGUAAAGCUUAUGAUCUGUUCAGGCGACUGAAACCAAAUGGAAAAUGAUCGCCGUUUGAAAGAGAAUGUUGCAUGCGCUAUGUGAUGAAGGACAUCAACUUUUCCAUUUAGGUAAAAUAGUGUUUUCUUGUUGAUCCAGUGGCAAAAAAUUGUAAAUAUGCCUUUAUACACUGCUUGUGUUUACCAGGCCAAUCACUGUCUUUCCUUGUGCUUUUAAUUGGGCCGAAUUUACUGAUAUUGUUGUUCAUUCAUUUGCGAUAUUAUGUUACCUCGUCAAAAUCGUAAUUAGAAGAACAAUGAUCUAAUUAAAAAUACAACAAUAUAAAUCAGAGCUACUCAAAUCUACUGAUAAUACGAUCUUUAAUUUUAUUCAACGCCUCUGUUAAAGACAAGAAAUACAUUGACAAAAACACUGCAUGAUGUGAGCAGAUAUAAUUUAACAAAGCUAGAUAUACAAGCAAUACUUUAAAUGUGUAUAGACGAAGCGAUGUGAACGAUAAUCGUAGAUAAUUACAUCGAGACAACAAUCUCUAUGAAAAACAUGCAUGCACCAUGUUAUAAUUCAUUUUGAAAUGACUACAUAAAAUAUUGAUUUAUUAUUUGUAUGUAGCUAAUAUACAUGUAUAAUAAGUAAUAAAUGCACAAAACUUAUAUUUUUAUGUUACACUCCAUUUGUUAUUAUGGAAGAAUAGCUCAUUCUUCAGCUGAAACAUCACGAUCUUCUUCAGUUUCUUCGUCAGGUGCACACUAGCAAAAAAAUAUUCUAUAGCUUUUGUAAACAAAUUUUUUAUCGAAUAGAUGAAAUGCCACCUAAUUUUCUUAUAUACAUUGAAGUUUAAGUUGAAAUGUAAUAAAAUUUUACGUUUGUGUUUUUUUAA